AUGGCGACAACGUCCAAGACCGGCGAUGCUGAUGUCACACUAACCGAUGCCAUUCAACAAGAACAUGCCUUGAGCUUCUGGCAAGCCGUAAAACUAUACCCAAAGGCCGUUGGCUGGUCGGCCUUCGUGUCCAUGGGUGUUAUCAUGUUGGCCUUCGACCCCCAGAUCAUUGGGAACAUGUACGCUAUGCCACAAUUUCAAAAGGAUUUUGGGGUUGAGUUGGACGGUGAUUAUGUCAUCCCAGCCGCAUGGCAGACAGGCUUAUCGCUGGGAAAUCCCUUAGGUCAAGUCGUCGGCGCACUGUUCUCCGCCUACCCCAUGGAACUCUUCGGCCGAAAGUGGGCAUUCUUCGGCUGUAUCCUCUUGACGGCAUGCCUGGUAUUUAUUCAAUUCUUUGCCCGCUCGCUGCAGGUCCUACUCGUGGGCGAGCUGCUAGGUGGACUAGUGCUCGGAUGCUUCGUCGUCAUUGGACCAACGUAUGCAUCCGAGGUUUGCCCCAUGGCACUCCGUGGAUACCUGACUUCCUAUACCAACUUAUGCUUCGUCACCGGACAGCUGUUGGGGAACGGCGUCACUGCCGGGACGGCCUCGCUCGGAAACCACUGGGCCUAUAGCAUCCCCUUCGCCCUGCAGUGGUUCUGGGUCGUGAUUAUCAUCCCCGGUAUAUUCUAUAUCCCCGAGUCGCCGUGGUGGUUGGUACGUAAAGGUAGGAAUGAAGAUGCGAAGGAUGCCUUACGACGGUUAUGCUCCGAGAAGGUGGAUGUGGAUGCGACAUUAGCUGUCAUCGCCGAGACAGAUAGGCUUGAGCUGGAAAUGGAGGCAGGUAGCACGUAUCUAGAUACUAUAAAAGGCGUCAACCUACGCCGGACUGAGAUCUCCACCGGCGUAUAUACUACACAAGUUCUCAGUGGCAUCUACCUGAUCAAUUACGGAACUUAUUUCUUCGAACAGGCGGGAUUGCCAACUCAAGCCGCAUUUAAUAUGGGUAUUGGCUUCUUAGGGGUAGGUUGGGUUUGUACCGUUAUCUCGUGGUUCCUGAUCGCCCGGUUCGGGCGAAGACGUAUAUUCAACAUCGGCUUAUCCGUCCUGAUCGUUCUCAUGUUUAUCAUCGGCAUUUUGGACACCAUCCCGGGUCGGCCGUCGGGUGUCGCUUGGGCCGAGAGCUCGCUCAUGCUGGUCUGGAACGGCGUGUACGACUUAUCCAUCGGACCCAUCACCUUUGUGAUCCUCGGCGAGUGUUCUGCGACGCGCGUUCGGUCCAAGACGAUCGCGGUGGCCACGGCCGCGCAGGCAGUUGUUGGGAUCGCUAUGACCGUUGCGAUUCCGUACAUGAUCAACCCCACGGAGGCGAAUAUGCAGGGAAAGCUAGGAUACUUCUUUGGCGGCCUGGGUGUCCUCUGCCUGCUCUGGAGCUAUUUCCGGAUCCCCGAGACGAUGGGCAGGACCUAUGAAGAGUUGGAUAUUCUGUUCGAUAGAAAUGUCCCUGCAAGGAAGUUUAAAGGCUACCAGGUGGAUAUUCCUGCCGUCUCAGCAGAGAGCUGA